UCUCAAUGAAGCAGCAUCCGAUGGCGCUUGCGCCGCCCGUCGCCUAGACGACGAUGGCAUACACACCCAGGCCGAGCCGGAAGAACUCCACCGCCGUGAGGCUUGCAUCCGUCUUGUAUUGAGAUUUCUUGCACUGAACGUUGUGGUGGAUGCCGUUCCUGAAGCAGCCAUUGUCGACACACGCGGCCACGUGGGUCUUCUUUCCGCCACAUUUUGGUGCAACCACCUCGCCAGUCGCUACCUCGUUGUCGUGCUGCGCGGAGCGUGAGCGGCGGCAGCGGCGGCCAAGCUUCUUUUCAUCGCUUCAUGCAGCCACCGAUGCUGGUGUCCGCAUCCUUUACAACACACCAUCGUUCGUACCAGCAUGCACCUCCAUCGUGGGGGGUCGAGUCGGAAUCCCCCUCAACACAGACGAGGUCGCGGCCCGCCGCAAAAUGUUUCGAAGCCGCCUUCGAGAAACAUUGCCGAUGAUACACGAAGACACGUUUGUCUGCGAGGACUGCCACGCGUGCACGUACCGACCGGACGUGGUGCUUGGAAUCACGAACGUCCAAAAAGUGAAGCCCUCCCAGUUCCGCCUUGAGGAUCCGCCAUCGCGAGCGCUGUCCGUGCUGCCGGCGCGCAAAGGCAAGCUACCCAUGCAACUCAACCAAAAGGGUCGACCCAGCAAGAAUGCGUUCGCGAAUUUUCCAACUCGACAGAGCCCUCGCGUGUGAGUCUGUCGCAGCUAUGGCUCGCUUCAUCCACAAGCAAGAAUUGGAGUAGUAGCAGAGGGCAGCCGACGACAGCAAUCAAGACGUCGCUAGGAUGUGUAUUCAGCGACUGUUCAGCCGUCGGCUACAAUGCCCAUCGAAAGAGCGAGAAUUGUAUGUAUCUACCGCA